UGUCUCUCUCUCUCAUGCACACACACUGGAACAUCCUCCUAACUGCAAUCAAAACCCCUCCGGACCGAGUGCCACCCCCCCCCCCCCUUCCCCCACUAAGGAAUCCUCCAUGUCCUAACCAACCAGUGUUUUGUCCGUCUAUAUAGAAUCCCAAGCCAAAAUGUCUUUUAAGCUGCCUUCAGGCAAACCCACGUCUCCUUUCAGGAAAAGAGGCAGCCUGCAGUACACAGCCAGCGGAGUGGAUCUCCGUGGUGGCCAACACCUCCUCACAUCCCAACAUUCCUUGCCUGGCAACCCUGUAACCAAGCACGGCCACAUCGAUCUGCGCACAUCCAUGGAUGUCAAAUACAAAGAGAUUGCGGAGGAGCUGUUCUCCCGCAGCCUGGUGGAGAGUGAUAUGCGCAGUGCUCCAUAUGAGUUCCCUGAGGAGAGUCCCAUUGAGCAGCUGGAGGAGAGGCGACACAGGCUGGAGCGGCAGAUCAGCCAGGACAUCAAGUUUGAGCCUGAUAUCCUACUGCGAGCCAAACAGGACUUCAUGAAAACAGACAGUGCAACAGAUCUAGAGUAUUUGAAAGAACAGAGCCAGGUGCCCAAAGAACUGUAUCCCGAGAGAGAGCUCCUCCCAGACAGAGAGUAUCAGAGAGUCACCAUUUCUGGAGAGGAGAAAUGUGGGGUUCCUUUCACUGACCUACUGGAUGCUGCUAAAUGUGUAGUGAAAGCACUGUUCAUCAGAGAGAAGUACAUGUCUCUGUCCAUGCAGAGCUUCUGCAGGACCACAGCACGUUACCUGCAGGAGCUGGGUGACAGGACUCUGGACCUCAACAUUUAUGAGGAGGUGCCUGAGUCCACCGGAUCUGCAGGAGAAUUUUUGUUUAAUCAAAAUUCAGCUACAACACACAAAACAGCUGAUUACAUCCUCUCUCUGAAAGCUUGCGUGUCCUCCACAGAUGCAACGGUCCACCCACCUGUGUCAGAAACCCACCCUUACGAGGGGCAAGACCCUGCCAACAUGCUCCCAGGCCUGGGAUACACUUGCAAGAUGGUGGAUGGUGUUGUUCAUGUGUACACACAUAACUCCUUAGAGCUGGACCUGCCAUAUCCAGAUCUGCAGGAAUACAUCACUGAUAUGAACAUGAUGAUGGCACUUAUUAUUAACGGGCCAGUGAAAUCUUUCUGCUAUCGUCGUCUGCAGUACCUAAGCUCUAAGUUUCAGAUGCACAUUCUCUUAAAUGAGAUGAAAGAGUUGGCUGCACAGAAAAAGGUCCCUCACCGUGAUUUCUACAACAUUCGGAAGGUGGACACACAUAUUCAUGCCUCCUCUUGUAUGAAUCAGAAGCACCUGUUGCGUUUCAUUAAAAGGGCCAUAAAGAAAUAUCCAGGUGAAAUCGUCCAUGUAGAAAAAGGGCGGGGACAGACCCUAACAGAGGUGUUCGAGAGCAUGAACCUAACGGCCUUUGACCUCAGCGUGGACACACUGGAUAUGCAUGCGGACCGUAACACAUUCCACCGCUUUGAUAAAUUCAACUCCAAAUACAACCCCAUUGGAGAAUCCAUCCUCCGAGAAAUCUUUAUCAAGACUGACAACCAUAUUGAAGGGAAAUACUUUGGACACAUAAUCAAGGAGGUAAUGGCGGACCUGGAGGAGAGUAAAUAUCAGAAUGUUGAGUUGCGUCUGUCUAUUUACGGCCGCUCUAGGGAUGAAUGGGACAAACUGGCUGAGUGGGCCGUCAAACACAAAGUCUAUUCAGACAACGUGCGCUGGCUUGUGCAGGUGCCACGGCUUUUUGAUGUGUACCACACCAAAAAGCAGCUCUCUAACUACCAAGAGAUGCUUGAGAAUAUUUUUAUGCCUCUGUUUGAGGUCACUGUUCUGCCCAGCAGUCACCCAGAGCUGCAUCUCUUCCUUCAACAUGUUGUCGGGUUUGAUAGUGUGGAUGAUGAGUCUAAACCUGAGCAUCACAUCUUUAACCUGGACAGUCCAAAACCUGUACACUGGACGGAGGAAGACAAUCCUCCAUACUCCUAUUACCUGUACUACAUGUAUGCAAAUAUGACUGUACUCAACCACCUGCGCAGGCAAAGAAACUUUAAUACAUUUGUGUUACGGCCACACUGUGGAGAGGCUGGGCCUAUCCACCACCUGGUGUCUGGAUUUAUGCUGUCUGAGAAUAUUUCCCAUGGUCUACUUCUGAGAAAGGCUCCUGUACUGCAGUACCUGUAUUAUCUGGCUCAGAUCGGCAUCGCCAUGUCCCCUCUCAGCAACAACAGCCUCUUCCUCAGUUACCAUCGAAAUCCACUACCUGAGUACCUGUCAAGAGGCCUCAUUGUGUCUUUAUCCACCGAUGAUCCACUGCAGUUCCACUUCACGAAGGAGCCGCUAAUGGAAGAGUACAGCAUUGCUGCUCAGGUGUGGAAGCUCAGCUCAUGUGAUAUGUGUGAGUUGGCCCGAAACAGCGUGCUCAUGAGUGGAUUUUCUCACAAGGUUAAAAGCUACUGGCUGGGUCCACAUUAUCUGAAAGAGGGGCAAGAGGGCAACGACAUCAGACGCACCAACGUUCCGGACAUCCGUGUGGCUUACCGUUCUGAGACGCUGUGCGAAGAGCUGAAUCUGAUCACCCAGGCUGUGCGGACAGAGGAGCUGGAGAUCAGUGAAGAGCAGGACGCUCUGUCCAUGGGUGCAGGGCAGGCCAGGCGUUAGGGGUACCAGACACUUUCAAUUAUUCAACCAGUACAGAGUUUGAUUGAAAGCUGAAUCAGGGAAAUGUUAAACGGUUUAAUUCCGCAAGUGUUCAACUAAAUACCCAGUUGAGUGCUGAGAUAUUUUAUUUGACGUUAUUGAGAAAUUUCAUAGAAAUGUACCAUGGAUAUUUUGGGUGUGAAGCCCAGGUUAAAAGUCCUGAUUGCUGUAAAGCAAACAGAAUUUGCACCAGGGAAAUGCCAGUGUUGUCUUCUAAAUAAGCAAUGUCCUCAAAGUUUUGCAGAAUACCUACUGAAAUCUGGGAACAAGAAGACGAACACACAGUCAAGCUUUAGAACACCCAAAAAAUCUCAUCCUCUGUUACUGUGGACCUUACAUUGUCCAUAAACUGCAGUCCUUUCUAACCUUCUAAUCAGUCAAAUGCUUUACACAUUGAUAAUGAACAUUUUGGUGUAGCUUGUACACUUGUUCUGAACACUAACAGCCAUAAACAUUAGUUCCUUGGCUAUUAUGUGUGAGCUCAAACACCCAAUCACAUCUCUGCCAUGAGCCAGUAUUUCCUUGCAUGUAAUUUUAAAUUAAAUUGUUUCAUAUUCUUAAUUUAAACAGGUUAUAUUCUAAAGUGUUUAUUGUUGUGAUAUUAUUUAUUUUCCUGUUGUUGUGUCCAUUGGUAAUUUUACCAUGUGUCUGUAAUUGAAUAAUCAUUAUUGAUUUUUAUUGUAAAUCAGACAUAAUAUCAAAGUGAAGUUUAUUUUUUUCUGCUGUAUUCUAUAUCUAAAAAAAAUGAAACAUUUCAAAAUUCUGGGAGUCUUUGGAUGUUUUUGUCAUUCAUCGUCUGAUACUAAACAUCGGUCAGUGAAGCAAAAAUUUGUCCUUCGAAAUGGAAAGUUAUUACAUUUUGAUUGAAAGAUUAUGAAGCUUAUCAAACCUUUUUCUUUGGAGUAAAAUGCACUGAUAAAUCAUUCCCAACAAGAGCCAACAAGAAAGUAAAUGGGGGCAAUUUGGAUUUCAUGUUGACAACUGAACAUUUCUUACAAAUGCAUUCAGAAAAGAUACCUCUAUUCAUGACAAUGCUAAUAAAAUGCUACUCUGAGAAUUGGCAAUGCUAUACUGCUGAUAUUGUAUGACAAAUUGCUUUGGAUAAAAGUGUCUGGUAAAUGUAAAUAAUUCUGGUUUUUGAUUCAUACCAUAAAAUCAUAAGUAUAGCAUGAUGAUCCAUCAGCUUUAAUAUUCUAGAUAGAAAUGUCUAAUGUAGAUUGUUAUGAUGGAAAAGCUUACACUGAGACUGCAACAAAGGUCAAACCACAGUCCAAUAAUGAACCUGGCAAUGAGAAACAAGCCCUGUGGCCUUAAAAAACCCAGACAGCUUGCCAUCUCUGUUCAUCAAGUUGACCUGGCCUGGGUAACAAAGACACAGACCUUCUUUGUGUUCUGUCCUUUUGAUCACCCUUUUUUCCUGUGGCCUGUAUCCCUCUAGUGUUACAGCAUGUGGCUAUUGAGUAGCAGUAAAUUCUGCCUGUCAGUUCAGUUUCAGAAAAUUUGUCUGUAAGAGUUUAACAAUGACUUUGAGGUUGUAAUACAAAAUCAAUCACCAUCACACAUUAAAUGCUUUCGGUGCAGACUGUUUGGCCCACAUUUGUUUUAAUAUUAAUUGUUAUUCAAUUAUUUUAUGCAUUUAUGUUUAGUUAUUUUACAUGUAUCUAUGUCUGAUGUGUUCUAUUUUUAUUUGUUCUAAUUUGAGUCUACAGUUAAUAAACUAGAAAAUUAUUUAAAAGAAAUAAAAUAAAAAUG